AUGGCGACGGAGAACAACAGCUUUGUUCAGCCGGCGAUUCCACGAUUCGAUGGUCAUUACGAUCAUUGGGCUAUGCUCAUGGAGAAUUUUCUCAGAUCAAAGGAGUAUUGGGACUUGAUUGAAAACGAGAUACUUGUAGCAGCAGAAGUGGCAAUAGAGGCGCAGUGUAAGACCAUUACUGAUCUGAAACUGAAAGAUUUAAAGGUCAAGAACUAUCUAUUCCAAGCUAUAGAUAAAACUAUUAUUGAGACCAUUCUCAAUAAGGAGACUGCGAAGGCCAUCUGGGAUUCAAUGAGACUGAAGUAUCAAUACUCUACGAAGGUGAAACGUGCUCAGCUACAGGCUUUAAGAAGGGAGUUCGAGAUUCUUAGCAUGAGGGAGGGUGAAAAAGUGGAUGAAUACUUUGCCAGGACACUAACCCUUGCAAAUAAGAUGAAAACACAUGGAGAAAACAUGAAGCAGAGUGUGAUCAUUGAGAAAAUCUUGACAUCGAUGACUCUCAAGUUCAAUUAUGUUGUGUGUUCAAUAGAAGAGUCCAAUGACCUCUCUACCAUGACAAUAGAUGAGCUUUAG